AUGUCAAAGGCGGUGGUUUAUAUUCUAAUAGCCACCGCCAUGUUGUCCUACGAGUUAUUGUUCUCGUUGAACCUGGAGGAACCAAAGGGUCGCCUUAACCGUAGGUUUGGGUACAAACUGCUUGAACAAGCACCGAAUUUUGACCCUCUUGUCACAAAUUUUGAGAGAGGGGUUGAAAACAAAAUCAUGCACCAGGACGAGGAAACCGCUUCUCGUACGUCGUCCAAUUUGGACAGUACCACGUCGCUUGGUGAUGUUGCAGGGACAUACCAUUAUCUUACCUCUGGUGGUAAAUUGAACACCACGUUAAGAUUGAUCAUUUUGUUCCCUUUGUUAGAUAGAGAACCCAAAGAUGGGGUUGUUGGUUUCAAUGAGCUAGAGUCUUGGAUCAUUCAACGAGCAACAGAGAGAUUAGAUUAUCUCACACAAGCUGAGUUGGAGUCCAAAGACAAGAAUGGGGAUUCGUCCAUCUCUUUUUCGGAGUACUUACCUAAGUUUUCUGACGAUGAUAUAGAGAAAAACGAAAUGGGGCACGGCGAAUCAGGAUGGUGGAAGGAAAAAUUUGAAAUUGCAGACAUUGAUCACAAUGGGCUUCUGAAUUUCACCGAACUUAGAGAUUUUUUGCAUCCAGAAGAUAGCAGAAAUCAAGAAAUGCUAAAAUGGAUGUUGAAAGAUAAACUAAAGCGCAUGGACAUUGAAAAUGAUGGGAAGAUGAACUUCAAUGAAUUUGAAGACCAUGUAUAUAACACAUACGAAAGUUAUAUGGACUUCGAAAGUAAUGGAGUUGUACCUUCUUCAAAAGAUAAAUUUGCUGAGCUUGAUGUUAACAAAGACCAAUUUUUAUCAACAGAAGAAUUGGUUCCAAUUCUUUCUUAUCUCUACCCUGGCGAGCUAGCUAAUGCUAAAUAUAUCACAUGCUUUUUGAUGAAUGAGGCUGAUGAAAAUGGAGAUGGAAAGUUGACACUCCAAGAGAUGCUUGAUCAUGAAUUUACUUUCUACACUACAGUUCAUGCUGAUGGCCACCAAGAGAGCGAUGAUGAUCAUGAUGAGCUUUGA